AUGGAUUGCUUUGUUGGCGCGUCAACGGGUGCUUUGAAAGGUAUUUCUUUCAAGGAUAGCGCUUUCAGUAAUGUGAACCAGAUUACUUCUUUGAAUCCGAAGCAAGAUGAAAUAACUUGUAUGAGCUGGGCGAAUGAAGAUCAAACGGAAUUGUUAACAGUCCAAAUGGAUAAGCAGCUGAGAUUGCUUGAUACAACUUCGAAUGAAUACACGACACUCUUUUCUUUGGGUAGUGGCAGUGGUGCAGUUAAGGGAAUCAAAAGGACUGCAGUAGGAACAUAUGUAUCAGCAGUUGAGUCUGGUGAACUUUCUGUCUCUUUGCCAUCUGGAGAAAUAGUUAAGGAGUUGAACGCAGGAAAUAACCUAAUCGUGAUGGUACCCAAUUGUGAGCAAGAAGGGCAUUACGCAACCGGUGGCAAAGAGAAUCCUUUAAAAAUAUGGGAUAUUGAGAAAGGCGAAAAAAUUUUUACUGCUAAAAACGUACGACCAGAUGAACUGCAGCUUAGAGUACCAAUAUGGGUUAAUGAUAUACGAUUUAUACCAAAAUCGCAAAACAUUGUAACAGUCACUGGUAAACAUCAGAUAAGACUUUACGAUCCUCGCACACAACGGAGACCAGUAAAGGAGAUGGUGUGGGCAGAGGAGCCACUGACUGCAAUGUCUUUGUGUCGAAACGAAAUGCAUAUAGUUGCUGGCAAUACUCGUGGUGAUAUAGGAUUAUUUGAUUUACGAAACAAAAUGCAUAUGGUGUGUAAAUAUAAGGGUUGUGCUGGUUCGAUCAGUGGAAUUGAUGCGCAUCAAUCAGCUGAAUAUAUCGCCUCCUGUUCCAUUGAUCGAUUUGUAAGACUGCAUGAAUUGAAUUCAAAAAAACUUGUUAAAAAGGUUUACUGUAAAGCUCGUUUGAAUCGAAUUUUACUGCGUGAUAAACUUUCCAUCCUUAAUAAUGAGGAUGAAAGCAAGCAGGAAAUGGAAAAUUAUGAUGAUUGGUUGAAAAUCGAGGAUAAUGAUGACAAUGGAAGUAGUGAGGACGAAGCGUUGUGGAAUGACAUGAAACAAAAUAAAGAAGGGAAUAUGAAGAGGAAAUUGAGGGAGGACGAUCUCGAAAAAGUGAUUAAGAAACCAAAGUCUUUGGAAGUGAGAAAACGAAAAAUUAAUGCCAUGAAGUCAGAUAUUUCAAAAAGAAAGAAGCUGAUAAGACCGAAAAGGAAAAACGAAGGUGAUGAUGAAGCGGCAAUCACGCUUCCAUCUAAAAAAUUAGUCCAAAUUAGUUAG